AUAGGAAGGAGGUGCCUGUAUCCCGGAGCGUAGCUCCUGCUCUGCGCACGCGCGACGGGCAGGACUGAGGGUCACGGCCUUGGGGCUGGGUCACGUGACACGAAGGGCGCUGAAUUCCUCUGGAGUCAGCGCCAUUUCUUGUACCACCUCAUGGAGAUCCCCGCGGCCGCCGCCCCUGCCAGGAGCAUCUUUACCCCCUUACUCCUGGUCUGCGGGACGUUAGUGGCUGCCGUGCUGUGCGCCGCGCACCGCCUGGGGCUCUUCUAUCGGUUGUUGCACAAGGUGGACAAGACAAGCAUCAGGCAUGGUGGGGAGAGCGUGGCAGCCGUGCUGAGGGCCCAUGGCGUGCGGUUCCUCUUCACACUGGUCGGUGGGCACAUUUCCCCACUGCUGGUGGCCUGCGAGAAGCUGGGCAUCCGUGUGGUGGACACACGCCACGAAGUCACGGCUGUGUUUGCUGCUGACGCUGUGGCUCGCCUGACUGGGACAGUGGGUGUGGUGGCGGUGACGGCAGGCCCUGGCCUCACCAACACAGUGACAGCAGUGAAGAAUGCCCAGAUAGCCCAGUCCCCAGUCCUGCUUCUGGGUGGGGCUGCCAGUAUUCUGCUGCAGAAACGGGGUGCACUCCAGGCCAUUGAUCAGAUGUCCUUGUUCCGGCCACUCUGCAAGUUCUGUGCUUCCGUGCGGAGGGUGCGGGACAUCACGCCCACCCUGAGGGCUGCCAUGGCUGCUGCUCAGUCGGGCACACCGGGUCCAGUGUUUGUGGAGCUACCCAUUGACGUGCUGUACCCCUACUUCAUGGUUCAGAAGGAGAUCGUGCCAGCCAAGCCGCCCAAAGACCUCAUGGGUCGAGCGGUCUCCUGGUACUUAACGAAUUACCUGGACAACCUCUUUGCAGGAGCCUGGGAGCCUCAGCCUGAGGGUCCCCUGCCUCUGGAUAUCCCCCAGGCAUCCCCUCAGCAGGUUCAACGUUGUGUGGAGGUCCUGAGCCGGGCCAAAAGGCCCCUUAUGGUACUGGGGAGCCAGGCCCUGCUGCCCCCAACACCAACUGACAAACUUCGGGCUGCUGUGGAGUCCCUCGGUGUCCCUUGCUUCCUGGGUGGGAUGGCACGGGGGCUGCUGGGCCGCGGCCACCCCCUCCACAUCCGGCAGAACCGCAGCACUGCCCUGAAGAAGGCAGAUGUCAUCCUCCUGGCAGGAAUUGUGUGUGAUUUCCGCCUGUCCUAUGGCCGGGUCCUCAGCCGUAGAAGCAAGAUCAUCAUUGUCAACCGGAACCGGAAAGAGAUGUUGAUCAACUCAGACAUGUUCUGGAAGCCCCAGGAGGCCGUGCAGGGAGACGUGGGCUCCUUCGUGGUGAAGCUGGUGGAGGGCCUUCAGGGCCAGACGUGGGCCUCAGAUUGGGCAGAGGAGCUUCAGCAAGCCGACCGGCAGAAGGAGCAGUCCUUUCGGGAGAAGGCAGAGAUACCUGUAGCCCAGCACCUGAACCCAGUGCGGGUGCUGCAGCUGGUGGAGGAAACUCUGCCCGACAACUCGAUUCUGGUGGUGGAUGGCGGGGACUUUGUGGGCACUGCUGCCCACCUGGUGCAGCCCCGUGGCCCCCUGUGCUGGCUCGAUCCUGGGGCCUUUGGGACUCUGGGGGUUGGUGCAGGAUUUGCACUUGGGGCCAAACUGUGCCGGCCAGAUGCUGAGGUCUGGUGCCUGUUUGGAGAUGGAGCUUUUGGGUACAGCCUCAUCGAAUUUGACACCUUCGUCAGACACAAGGUCCCAGUGAUGGCCUUGAUAGGAAAUGAUGCUGGCUGGACCCAGAUUUCUCGGGAGCAGGUGUCCUGUCUGGGCAGCAAUGUGGCCUGUGGCCUGGCCUAUACUGAUUAUCACAAGGCAGCCAUGGGUCUGGGGGCCCAAGGUUUGCUGCUCUCACGGGAGAAUGAGGAUCAGGUGGUCAAGGUGCUACGUGAUGCCCAGCAGCAGUGCCAAGAGGGCCACCCCGUCGUGGUUAACAUCCUCAUUGGAAGGACGGACUUCCGCGAUGGCUCCAUUGCCAUGUAGGGCCUCAUGGGCGCUAUCCCUGGACUGUGCCUAGCUGGCCUGGAGUCUUAUCCUGGCCUGCCUUAGGCCUACCCCUUGAGGCCCAGUGAUCCUACAACCCUCCCCGACGACAGAGGGGCUGGAGGGGUGAGAGCUCAGAGGCCCCCUGGCGGUGCUAGAGAGCCUUGGGUCUAUUUUGCUGCGGGCCCAGUUGUGCCCUUUCUCCCCUCUUUUACACACUGAAUAAACCACCUCUGGUCCAUGUGGGCCCAAGUA